AUGGAGUACUGCUCUAGAAUCCUCUAUAAAGUGGGCACUCUGCCUAGUUUCCAGUUUCAUUCAAGAUGCAAACAUAUGAAGCUGAAUCAUCUCAUCUUUGCAGAUGAUCUGCUUCUUUUCUCAAAAGGGGACUACAAUUCAAUUUGUAUGCUUAUGAGUGCUUUGAAAAUGUUUGCUGAGACUUCUGGUCUACAGAUGAGUCUUGGAAAGUCUGAAAUGUACCUGACUGGCAUGACAGAGGAUGAGAUAAGUAGAAUUCAGCAAGUAACAGGCUUUAGGAUUGGCUCUCUUCCAUUUAGAUACCUUGGUGCUCCUAUGAGCACUAAGAGAUUGAAGGUGGUGAAUGACUGUGAGGCUCUUAUUGACAAAAUGUGCAUGAGGGUGAAGGUUGUGCUUCAUAAUAUUAACUCCAUCUGCAGAAACUACCUGUGGCAUGGUUCCUAUGACAGCAACAGCCCUGGCUAUGUUGCUUGGGAUAUGGUUUGUACUUCUAAAGAUCAUGGUGUUCUGGGGGUCAGGAACAUCCUAUUAUGGAAUCAAGCUGCUGUGGCCAAACAUGUGUGGGCUAUUUCACACAAGAAGGACAGCUUAUGGGUGAAGUGGGUUCACUCUGUGUAUAUUAAUGAAGCAAAUUGGGAAGGCUAUCAACCUCCCACUAAUGCUAGUUGGGUAUGGAAAUGUAUCUGCCAUAUAAAAGACCAGUUGUGGCCUAUGAUUGCUAUAAAUGAUGCUACUCAGUUCAGCAUUGCUAAAACAUACAAGGCUCCUCUCCCUAAUGGACUGCCUUGGAGAUACAACAAAGGAUAUGGAAUAGAUUUUCUAUUCCUAAGCAUCGAUUCAUUCUUUGGCUUGCUUUGA